AUGGCAGAUGGAAGCGCCAACCUUCCUCCUGGCUUCUUUUUCUCUCCAACUGAUGAAGAACUUGUCCUUCACUUUCUCUAUUGUAAGGCUUCUCUUAUACCUUGCCAUCCCAACAUCAUCCCUGAUCUUGAUCUCUCUCAGCUUCACCCUUGGGAAUUAAAUGGUAAGGCGUUGUCAAGUGGAAAUCAAUACUAUUUCUUCGCCAAAGUGAAGGAAAACAGAACUGCAGAAAAUGGGUAUUGGAAGGAAAUAGGUGUGACAGAACCUAUAUUGUCAACCGUUAAGAAGAAAGUGGGGAUGAAGAAGUACUUGGCAUUCCACAUUGGCGAAGCUCCACUUGGUACUGAAACCAAUUGGUUAAUGCAAGAAUAUCAUAUUUGUUCUUCUGGGAUUGACACUGCGUCAUAUCGAAGUGGCACUAGAAGACGAAAACAUGAUCAAAGUUGGAGCAAGUGGGUUUUAUGCAGAGUGUAUGAAAAGAAUAAGUCUCAACAAGGUGUAAACUACUGCUAUAGUGAUGACGACGACAGUGGAACAGAGCUUUCAUGGCUAGACGAAGUUUAUCUGACGUUGGAUGAUGAUUUGGAAGAAAUAAGCAUGCCUAAUUAG